AACCUACAAAAGUUGAUUUUUAAAAUAAAGAUAUUCUAUUGCAGUUCUAUUUAAUAUUUAAAUUAUUAUGUUCGGGUUACGUUCGUUAGUUCGUAAUGCUAUCACUUCAGGGUGCAAUAAUAUAAAUCAUCAACAAACAAGAAAUACAUUUAUUCUAAAAAGAAAAACUGCGGUGCCUCUGCAUAAGAAGGGUGGAAGGCCUAUAAAGUUGAAAGGACGGCAUUUCGUAUAUGACUUGGUGGAAGAUACAAAUGUUAAGAGAAAACCUGAUAUCAAAGUAAUUCUUAACCAGUUCAUUGACGGUGUUGGAAAUAAAGGUGAAGUUCUAACUCUGCGGCCACACCAAGCCUAUAAUGAGUAUCUUGUGCCCGGACUGGCUGUGUAUGCCAGCCCACAGAAUCUAGAAAAAUACAACACUAGUGAAGAAAAGUCUUCUUCUGAAAUUAAUUAUAGUUCACCUUAUGUACACAGGACUAUUGGCUGUUUGUCACGCACAAUAUUACAAAUUACAAUGAACAAAAUGGAACCCUGGAUUUUGGAGCCAUGGCAUAUCAGUACUUCUUUCAGAAAGGCAGGAUUUAUGGUCCCUGAAGAUGUCAUUGAAAUGCCUCCUGCACAAAUCAAGGGACCCGACCUAAGUUUACAGGACAAGGAAUUUUUCGUUACUGUAACGAUCAAUAAUACAGAAAAAGUCAAUGUAAGAUGUAGAAUUCAUCACUGGGCCACUGGACUAGACAGGCUGCCAUGGGAGGAGUUCCAUUGGAAGAAACCUAAGGAGGCAUUAUUUCCUGAACAAGCAGCAGAACUCGAGAAAAUGCCUCUACCUCAAUAAUACUUGAGUAUAAUAUUAAAAUAAAUGUAGAUGGAA